GCGUGGGCUGCAUGAUCGCCCGCUCCGACUCGGGCUCCAGCUCCGGUUUUUCCCUCCGCCAUCCUCUCCCCCUCCCCGCCUCUCCUUUAACUCCCCCCUCCUGGGCUCAGGACUGGUUGGUUUCCUCCCUUAGCCCGCUGCCCUCAAUCCCGGCGAGGCUGGGGCUCCGGCUCGACGCCCCUUUCCCCGCUCCCUCGCCCGGCGCCCCAUGCCGCCCCCGCCCGGUCCCCGGCUCCCCCAGUCCCCCACUUAGGCCCGCUCAUAAAUACCGGGGUGCCGGCGCGUGGGCUGGGGGCGCAGGGUGCCUGCAGACGGCCCCUGGAAGGGCUUCUGCGGGCUGAGCGCUCCGGAGAGGGGACGCGGGCGGAGCAGGAAGCGGGUCCGCGUGGGAGCGGGGGGCAUCAGCCACCCGGGUGGCCGGGGCAGAAUAGCCCGGGCGGCCAAGGCAGUCACCUCAGGGGGUGAGCGACUUUGGGGGAGUUGCUGCCCCGCCCCCCAGGCCUUGGCGGGGUCAUGGGGGCCCCCCAGUCUGGGCCGGGGGGCGUGCGAGUCGGGGCCCUGCUGCUGCUCGGUUUUUUGGGGCUGGUGUCUGGGCUCAGCCUGGAGCCCGUCUACUGGAAUUCGGCGAAUAAGAGGUUCCAGGCAGAGGGUGGUUACGUGCUCUACCCUCAGAUCGGGGACCGGCUAGACCUGCUCUGCCCCCGGGCCCGGCCUCUUGGCCCCCACUCCUCUCCUAAUUACGAGUUCUACAAGCUGUAUCUGGUAGGGGGUGCCCAGGGCCGGCGCUGUGAGGCACCCCCUGCCCCAAACCUCCUUCUCACUUGUGACCGGCCAGAUCUGGAUCUCCGCUUCACCAUCAAGUUCCAGGAGUAUAGCCCUAACCUCUGGGGCCACGAGUUCCGCUCACACCACGAUUACUACAUAAUUGCCACAUCGGAUGGAACCCGGGAAGGCCUGGAGAGCUUGCAGGGAGGUGUGUGCCUCACUAGAGGCAUGAAGGUGCUUCUUCGAGUGGGACAAAGUCCCCGAGGAGGGGCUGCCCCCCGAAAGCCUGUGUCUGAAAUGCCCAUGGAAAAAGACCGAGGGGUGGCCCACAGCCUGGAGCCUGGGAAGGAGAACACAGCAGGUCUGUUCCUCUUCCCUAGCAUCCUCCUCCCUGUAUCUCCUUUUAUUUACCCUCUUGGCUUCUUAUCCUGUACCUCUCCCAUCUCCAGGGUGGGGGCAUCAAAGCAUUUCUCCCCUCAGCUCCCUCUUCUGACUCCUCUUACCAACCACUCCCCUCAGUCUGCCAAAAAUGGGGGCCUUAUGGGGAAGGCUCUGGCACUCCACCCCAGCUCAGGGCAUGGGUAGCAGGGCCUCCUCCUCUGCCCUGCCCCAGGCCUCUACAUACUUACUCCAGCCAUUUGGGGUGGUUGGGUCAUGACAGCUACCCUGAGAAGUGUCCCGUUUUGUCCAGUGGCCAAUAGCAAGCUAUGAACCAGUCAGGACACAUGUGGACUUGGUCUGAUGCUGAAUGGGCCACUUGGGACAGGAAGUGACUUGCUCCAGAUAAGAAGUGACCAGGCCUGGACAGAAGUGGCCUGGGAAGUGGAAGCAGUGCAGCAGGAACUGGAAGUGCCUUCAUCCAGGACAGGAAGUAGCACUUCUGAAAUAGGAAGUGGUCUGGCUGGAACCGGAAGUGGCUUAGUCUGGGGGGUGGGGGGAGGUGGAUGGUUCUUACUCUGUGGAGAAGGGUGGGCAGGAAGAACUUCCCAUUUCAGGAGGAAGCUGGAACUUACUCUAAGAAGAUCGGGUGGACUGAGGUUCUUCCUAGUAUUCAGUGUCACGUGCCAGGAUCUCCCUUCCCUUGUUCUCUGUGCUGCUUUUAGGACAGCUAAGGUGGCCGCCAUCUGCCAUGGCAGGCUCAAUUUGUCUUGUUCUUCCCUUUUCAUAUCCCAGUAUAAUCUCUGUUACUCAACAGGAUGACCCCAAGAACCCACGUGUUGUCCCCAGUAACCUGGAUGGCUGUCUUGUUCAUCACAUCCUCCCUUUCCUACUCCCUUCAAACUCAACACAGCUCCCUUCUUAGUGACCAGAAUGGUGGCCUACUGACUGGUCUAGCUGACAGUGGUCCUUAGCAACAGCCACUCUUUCCAUAGUGACCAGCUGAUACCUCUUCCUGCCCACUAGUGCACAAUUGGGUGUUGCCUCAGUUUCCUCCCAGCUCAUUUCCAUUAGGUCAGAGCUGCCUUUGGGCACCACGUUGGCCACCUCAAUCACCAGCCAAGAUGGUUGCUUUGUCCACCAGAGGUCAAGUUAUCUCUCUGGUGCUGUAGUUCCCAGCUCCUUCCUGAUUUUUCUAAUCGCUCCUUCCAGGGAACAGGAAGUUGAUAUUGCCAUGGGGGAGGUGGCGGGGUAUGGCCGUCACCUCAAUAGUUUUACUGUAAAAGGGAAA